GGAAUGUAAACGAUUUGCAAGAAGAAUUGUUGACAAUAUGAAUGAUACCCUAACUCAGUUAAUUAGAAUAAGUCCUAAUGAUGCCACAAAACUUAAGCGAGUAUAUUCCAAGCCAUCGGUAAAAUAUAAUCGUCCAAUAGGUGUUGAUGAACCACAACUACCAAAGGGACUAACUUUAGCUAAGCAUCUACCUUCCCGUCUUCAGGCAUAUACUAAGGCUUUAGUGUCAAUAUCGUCUUGCAUUUUAUAG